GACCCACUCUCUACUAUCUAGAUUCUAGAAGCAACCAAUCACCGUCUUCCUCUGCUUUUAAUCUCUAAACCCCUCUCACUUGACAAAUCUCAAGCUUGCUUGAUUUUGUUCAAUUGGAUAGAGGAAGGAGUAAUAAUGCAUCCUCCAUUAACGCUUCACAAGCAUCCCAUGUGUGCCGAAAUAAUUGAGCUGUUCCAGCAGUGUCAUUUGGAUCAUCCUAUUGGUAAAUUCUUUGGUGAAUGUACAGAUCUCAAGAUAAAGCUUGAUCGUUGCUUUCGACAGGAAAAAGCUCUAAAGAGGAAAGAAAACUUUGAACAGAGUAAGAAACUGAAGGAAAGGUUGCAUGCUUUCAGGAAAGAAAAUGCUGAGACAAGCACUGAGUAGGGUAAUUUUGUACACUUAAUUGCCAAGUCUUCGACGAUGGUGGAGCCAUUUUUUUCUUUUUAACCACAAUUAUUUAACAUAGACCGAAGAUGAUAGCGUGUUGAUAUGCUAUCACAUAUUGGUGAUAAGCUGGAAUGAGCAAAUUAGAUUGCUCUGCAUAUUUCUUUUCAUGCAUAAAAGAAAAUGGAACUAUGAUUCUUAAUAGUUUAUUUGAUUGAGUUACCCAACCAGCUUGUAUAUCUUUAUUUGUUACAAUUCACAUUUUCUAAAUAAAUUAUAUGUCAUUACAGAUUCAUUUGUUUA